AUGUCCAAUAAUACGUCAGACGAUGCCCAUCUGGAGGCUGAAUACAAGACAGUUACUUCGCAUAUCGAUUUACAGAUCGACUCAAUAAUUGGUAAGAAAGAACGGCAAAAGCUCAAAUGGAAGCUUGAUUUAUUUGUUCUUCCGCUUAUUUCUAGCGUCUAUUUCUUUGGUUCAAUGGAUCGCUCUGAUUUGGCGAAUGCUCAAGUUGCUGGCCUAGAAGAUGAUCUGCACCUCUCACCGAAAGAUUAUUCAAAUGCUUCCUCCAUCUUUUUAGUUUCUUACGUCCUAUUCCAGCUCCCAGGAACAUUGCUGAUUAAAAAAAUUGGCGCGCCAGUGCAAUUUUCUGGUGCGAUGUUAACAUGGGGUGUACUUACGGUCCUCACGAUGCUGGUAAAAUCCAGCGGACAAUUGAUAGCUAUGCGAUUUCUCAUUGGGGCUGCUGAAGCCUUUGUUCAAGGUGGCGCAUUCUAUCUUUCUUUUUGGUAUGAAUACCAAGAGCUCGCCACCCGAGCUGCCAUUUUCUUCUCAACUUCAACUCUCGCCGGCGCGUUUAAUGGGCUGCUAUCAUAUGGAAUUAGCAAAAGCUUAAAUGGGGUAAAUGGUUGGAGAGCUUGGCAGUGGAUCUUUUUGAUCGAGGGUAUCCUACCCAUCGGAUUUGCCUUUAUCGUUUUGGCCUUCCUCCCAGCUUCACCCUCAGAAGUCCGCUACGGUUUCUCCGAAAGAGAAAAAGAUGAGCUUGUGAAAAGGAGUAAAAGAUCGCACAACUCAUCUGAAGUACGCAUUCAGCCAAAGAAAAUUUUGGAACUUCUUAGGAGCAUCCAUUUCUGGCUCUUUACACUUUUAUACUGUGCGUCGCUUUUUACGAUAACUUCGCUAUCUAACUUCUUACCCGCCCUCGUUCGAGGUUUUGGAUACAGCUCAAUUGGAGCUCAGUUAUUUACUGUCGUUGUCUAUGGAUGUGCCUGUUUAGGUGUACUGCUUUUCUCUAGAAUUGCAGACAAAACAAAUGCCCGCGGGUUAACAGUUGCCUUAUCCACAGUUGGAGGUAUUGUGGGCUAUGCAAUACUAAUAGGAAUCGAAAACCGCGACGCUAGGUUUGCUGCGACCUGCAUAAUAGCGUUUUGCAUGUAUCCAAAAGUUGUUUUAGUUCUGUCUUGGGCAGCUAUGAACUUCAUUGGCUAUACUAGGAGGUGA